AUGCCUCUCCCAACAGAAUACCGCGCCUAUAGACGCACCCAUGGCGACCUCCCACGCACCAUCGAGCUCUCGAAGGAGACGCUCCCCACCGAGCUGGCGGCCCAUGAAGUCCUGAUCAAAAUCCUCGCCGUCUCGCUCAACUACCGCGACGUCGCCAUGCUCGACGGCAAAUACCCCGUCGAAGUCCAGGACCGCGGGAUCCCGGCCUCCGACUGCGCUGCUGAGGUCGUCGCCGUCGGUUCUGGUGUGAAGGAUUUCAGACAGGGCGAUUACGUGACGCCUAUCUUCAACUUGACUGAGCUCACCGGUCUCGAGGACGAGAGAAUGCAGGCGCUUGGGGGGGAUGUGCCGGGGGUGCUGAGGGAGUAUGCGGUUUUUGGGAGGGAAGUGCUUGUGAAGUUGCCGAAGGCUUUGUCGGCGGAGGAGGCGUCUACGUUGACCUGCGCUGGAGUGACUGCGUGGACUGCCCUCAACUGGCCCGCUUCGAUGUCGACUACCCGAUACGUUCUGCUGCAAGGCACUGGCGGCGUCAGCAUGUUCGCCCUCAUCCUCUGCCACGCCGCAGGCAUCGCCCCAAUCAUCACCUCGUCCUCCGACGAGAAACUCGCACAGAUCCAAAAAAUCUGGCCCGAAGUCAAAGGCAUCAACUACAAGACGACCCCUGACCAGGAAGCUGAAGUCAAGCGUUUGACAGACGGCAAGGGCGUCGAUGUGGUGGUCAACAACACCGGCGUAGGGUCUGUGAUCACCGAUCUCAAGUCACUGCGAGCGAGAGGAGGGGUGGUUUCGAUCGUGGGAUUUUUGGCGGGGAUGAGUGGGCAGUGGGCGCAUAGUGAGCUGAUGACUGUGAUGUCGAAGAAGGCACAGAUUAAGGGCAUCGGUGUCGGGUCGAAGAUCGACUACGCAUGUCUGAAUGCUUUCAUCGAAGAGCACAACGUACGCUUCAAGCCAUUGCUCGAUCGCACAUUUUCUUUCGAGGAGGCGCCGCAGGCCUUCGACUAUCUAUACUCGGGGAAGCAUGUGGGAAAGGUUAUUAUCAAGCUGUGA